AUACAAUGUCUUCUACUAUUACCAAGGUCGCUAGAAAAAUAACAAAAUCAGUUCUUUCAAGAGAACAAAUGGAUGGUGUUGGUGCUCGUGUUUAUCGAUCCAUUGGUAGUCCUGCUUUGAAGAACCUCGAUCCCUUCUUAAUGCUUGACGAAUUUGACGUCCGUGCUCCCGGUGGUUUCCCUGAUCAUCCUCAUCGUGGUUUUGAAACAGUUACCUAUAUGCUUGAAGGUGAAUUCCUUCACGAAGACUUUAAGGGUCACAAAGGUCAUUUACGAGCUGGUGAUCUUCAAUGGAUGUCUGCUGCCAAGGGUAUCGUUCAUGCCGAGAUUCCUGCCAACAAUCAAAGAGCACAUGGCCUUCAACUUUGGGUCAAUUUGGCCAGUAAAGAUAAGAUGUCUGAACCCAAUUACCAAGAAUAUCCAAGCGAGAAGGUAACCUCAGUCACUCCUGAAGAAGGUAUUACAAUCAAGGUGAUCGCAGGUGAAUCAUAUGGUGUCAAGAGUCCCGUCAUGACAAGAACACCUACCAUGUUUAUCGAUGUGAAAUUAAAGAAGGGUAAAAAGAUGGAACAAGUUAUUCCUGAAAACUAUUCUGGCUUUAUCUAUACUAUCUCUGGCACUGCUCUCUAUGGCGCUGAUCAACACAAGUCAAAUGCUCACCAUACACUUGUUCUUGAUAAUAAUGGUGGUACCUAUAUCCCAGUAGAGUCUCUUUCUGAUGACUGCCACUUUGUAGUCAUUGCUGGUCAACCUAUUGGUGAACCUGUUGUACAAUAUGGUCCUUUUGUUAUGAACUCCCAAAAAGAAAUCCGUCAAGCUUUUGCUGAUUAUCAAUUUGGUCAAAAUGGAUUCGAAGGUGCACCUGAAUGGGUCUCUGCCAUCCGAGAUAAAUGGUCUUUUUAAACAACAAUCCCGUCAUUUUAUUUCUUUUUGUACAGCAUUUAUAAAUCACAAAUAAAGCAUAUGUAGUUUAUCCUUUCCUUGUUAAUAGCAAACGUUGUUCUUUUGGCGUAUUUAGCGUUUCUCUCCUUUUUGCCUUGUCAGUUACCGCAUGCAUUAUUUCUACUUUAAGUAUAUAUAAAUAGACUACUCUACAAAAGUUCCUGUUUCUAUAAAAGUACUUUGAAACCUUUUCU